CAUGUUUACAUAAUAAAUAAUGAAUAAUUCAAACAAAUGGAAAAAAAAUUUGAAGAUUAAUAAAAGAAAAAAUAAUCAAUUUCAAUCAAUAAGUCCAGAAAAUAAUGAAAUCCUAUUUAAAAGUCAUGAUUCUUUACAAAUCUCUGAAUAUAAUCAAAAUUUUAUCUUUCAUGGAUGGAAGUUGUAUUUUCCUGAUGAAAAAUAUGAUAAAAAUAGUUUGACAACCAAAUAUACUUUGGCUGUUGUUUCAUUUCUUAAAAAAUAUAAACAAAAUCUAUCAAUUGAGCAACUUGUUGAAAAUAAAUCAUUUUUGUUGAAUGUUGAUCUUCUUAAUCAAGAUGUAGAUUUUACUUCAGUAUGGAUUAAUUUUUGGGAAGAUUUGACAAAUCAUCCUAACUAUACUUUAUUAUGUUUAGGUCUUGCAAUUCAUCAACAUGCUUUGGAUGAGGUAAAUAAAAGUAAUGAAAAUAAAGCAACUUUAUUCAGAGAUUUACCUAUGAUACAUCCAAGACUUACACAUUUUGGUCCUCAAUUUCCAUUGAAAUGUUUAAAAGCAGAGACUGAUGGAAAAUUAGUUUUAAUCAAUGGUACAGUAAUAAAAGCUAGUAGUUUAAAAUUUCAAUGUUCAUGGCUAGCUUUUUCAUGUAAUUAUUGUAGUUAUGUACAAGGUAUCAAGCAGUUAGAUGGAAUUUUUACAAAACCUAAACAGUGUGUUAAUAAACAAUGCCGUAGCCAUUCAUUUUCUGUCAAUAAAAGCUCCCCUUUAACUAUAUCUAUUAACUGUCAAACAAUAAGAUUACAAGAGUUACAAAGUGAUGAUCAAAGGGAAAGUGGUAGAGUACCUAGAACUGUUGAAUGUGAACUAACUAAUGAUUUAGUUUAUACAUGUAUUCCGGGUGAUAUUGUUAGUGUUACAGGAAUAGUUAAAAAAAAAUUAUGCAUUCAAAAUAAACAAACUGGUCAUAAUAAAGAAUCUAAUGUUUUUCUGCAGUAUAUAGAAGUUGUUUCAAUACAAAAUAGUAAAAAUCAAUCAAAAGGAAAUAUAACAAGUACUACUAUACAGUUUACAAUGAAAGAUUAUUACUUAAUUCAGAGACUUCACUCAAAACCUCACCUUUUUGAAUUAAUGGUUAAAUCGUUGUGUCCUGGAAUUUAUGGUCAUGAAAUGGUAAAAGCAGGAUUAUUAUUAUCAUUAUUUGGAGGUAAUAGCUCAAAUCAAACAAGAGGAGAUAUUCAUGUUUUAGUUGUUGGUGAUCCUGGUCUUGGUAAAUCUCAAAUGCUCCAAUCAGUUUGUAAUAUUUCUCCUCGAGGUGUAUUUGUUUGUGGAAGUACAUGUUCUUCAGCAGGGUUAACUGUUAGUUUAACACGAGAAAAAGGUAUAGAUUUUUCUUUAGAAGCUGGAGCUGUAGUAAUAGCUGAUCAAGGAGUUUGUUGCAUUGAUGAAUUUGACAAAAUGACUCAAGAUCAUAAUACACUAUUAGAGGCAAUGGAACAGCAAACUAUUAGUAUUGCUAAAGGUGGAGUAAUAUGUUCAUUGCCUUGUCGUACUACUAUAAUAGCUGCAGCAAAUCCUAUAGGUGGGCAUUAUAAUAGUGAAAAGGGUGUUUUAGAUAAUUUAAAAAUGAGCCAAGCUAUGUUAUCACGUUUUGAUUUAAUCUUUUUGUUAUUAGAUAAACCUGAUGAGUUUGCUGAUAAAAAAUUAACUGCUCAUGUUCUUAAUAUGCAUAAAAGUUUAAUAGUAACAGAUCAAAAUAAAUUAGAUAAAAACACUGUUUUUUUAAAAGACAGAUUGUCACAAACUUAUCACAAUGAUGACUAUAUUUCUCAUGCAGAAUUACGUAAAUACAUUGCAUAUGCUCGAAAAUAUAUCCCAUUUCCAAUAUUAUCUAAUGAUGCCAAAGAAAUGUUACAACAAUAUUUUAUUGAACUUAGAAAAAAUAAUAUGAAUUAUGAUAUACCUAUAACAGUUAGACAAUUAGAAUCGUGUAUUAGAUUAGCACAAGCACGAGCUAAAGUUGAUUUAAGAGAAGAAGUGUCUGCUGAAGAUGCACUUGAAAUAAUUGAGUUACUUAAUUUUAGUUUAGUUAAAACUCAAUGUGAUGAAUUUAGUGGAUUUGGCUUUAAGAAAAAUGGAAAAAAAUUGGGUAUUCGUGCCCAAUCAAGAAAAUUAUUGGCCGAAUUACAAAAGCAUUUUAAAGUUGAGCGCUUAUGUAGCAUUGAUCAAAUGAAAAAAUUUGCCAAUCAAUUGAAAAUUCCAAUGUUGGAUUUUUAUAAUAUAAUAGAUUUGCUAAAUAAUGAAGCUGUUAUUAUUAAAAAAGGAAACAAUAUAUACGAGCUAAAAUUAUAAUAACAGUCAAAUAACAAUUAUUUUUUUUUAAUUGUAGUUAUAUUUUUUUGUUCUAGAAAAUAAUUAUUUAAUAAAAUUUUAUUUUAAACUUUUA